AGGGGAGCGAAAGUGAACACAGCUCCAAGAAUGGGCAGGAAGAGAUGGGCUCCUUGAGCCUGCGGCAGAAAGUUUGGCGGAUAAUAGCGUAGGAGCAUCGUUAUUAAUGUUUUUAUUGAGUCAAAUGGGAAGUGUAUGGAUCUCCAUGAUGAUCUACAGCUAAGUUAGCCAUUGGAAAAUCACGACAACAGAGUACGCGAAAAAUGAAAGUAUGGACGAACGCGAUUGCUCGAUCAAGAAAAGACUGACUGGCUGAGUGAGAUUCCGCCGAUUCCAGUGACGUUCCAAAGAGAGAAACGUAGUGUGUGCAAGGUUAUGGGCGUGCUGCUGUUGCUGGUGCGAUCCAGUGUAUGCCAGUGAUUCUCACUGACAUGCCUACUUCGGCCUCCAUUGGAAAAAAUUUUGUGCUCGUGACAACUUUGUGCAUAAUCAGUUACCGCGAAGCCGUUCUGACGCGAGCGUCAUCCGUCAUCCUUGUCGAUCCUUGAACAACGUGCUGCAUAAGACCAUGACUCGAAAACUCAGCAAGUUUUUAAUACUUUUCGACAAUACGAAUCUUUUAUAUUUUCCCGGCCACUUUUUAUCCGGUCGGGUACUUAUCGAGUUGGAUGAUGAGGCCUACGUUUCAGGGUUACAUUUUCAUGUGAUUGGCGAAGGAGUGGUGCGUGUACGCAGUCAACGUGCUGAGAGGGUUUACGACAAAGAAAACUAUAUAGAUUUUCGUAUGAGAUUGCUGGGCGAGCCAGGAGAGGGACCAUCGCUGCUAUCGCCGGGGAUUCACAGCUUUCCAUUCAAAUUAGGUCUGCCCCUGGGCCUGCCGUCUACUUUCCUGGGGAAACAUGGCUGGGUACAAUACUAUUGCAAAGCUGCACUUCGGGAGCCCGGAGGUCUGACGCACAAGAAUCAGCAAGUCUUCAUCGUAAUGAACCCAAUCGAUUUAAAUUUAGAACCGCCGAUUCUAGCACAACCAGCAAGGCAAGAAAUCGAGCAGCGAGUCGGAGUUUCCUGUGUCUCUGGAGGCCCUGUAUUUUGCAGGGUAAGUCUCGACAGAGGUGGAUAUGUACCCGGUGAAACUAUUGGCAUCUCAGCGACUGUCAGCAAUCGGAGCAAAGUGACGAUGAAAUCGACUAAAGCAUCCUUGACCGAAACAAUCCAAUACCUUUGUCGUGGUAAAGUACUCGCGAGUGAGACGCGAGAAUUGGCUAGCGUUUCCAGGGGUAAAAUCCGUCCUGGAGAAGGCGAGGAGUGGUUGAACGAACAAAUGUACGUUCCCCCGUUACCACCCACCAAUCUACGGGGUUGUCACCUUAUCAACGUACUUUAUCACGUCUACUUUGUAAUAAGUCCAAAAAGCUUGGACAAAGAAAUAAAACUACAAAUACCAAUCGUUUUAGCCACUUAUCCUUUGAGACAGGAAGGUGCUCCAGCAGGAACUGCACCGUCGAAAAGAGGGGCACAUUAUCCAUCAACGUUGCCGAUAUUUCGACCAUGGUUGGACGAUAAAGCUUUUGAGAUACAAGAGUGAAGGUUUAAUUCAUAUUCAUCGGUGAUCAUAAUAUAUAAAAAAAUCUUGAAAGAAUUUAUAUAGAAUAUAUUCGCGACAGUGAUACUAAAAAUUGAAAAAAAAUUCUUUGAAUCUUGGAAAAAGUUAAUACGCUUAUAGCGAUACUCAAAUUAAACUUAACUAAAAGUGCUUACGAAUGGCAAAUAAAUACGUUAUUUUUACAUUUCAUCUUGAAAUAUUCGUUUAAUUAAAUUUAGGAAGUAUAUAAAGAACAGAACUUCUUUUACAAUUUAAAAAUUUUAGAUUUAAAAAUGUGAUUUAUAUCAUUUUUGUUGAUAUCUUGUAAAUGUCUAUAAUGAGUUACAUACAAAAUAUUGUUUACAAUAUUUUAAAUAUGUUGGAAUAUAUUAAUAUUUUAGAUAUUUAAAAAAAUAUUGUAAAUAAUAUUUUUAACAAAAAAGUAAAUGUACGUUAAAAAUCGAUGUUUAUACAUCGAUUUUACAUACAUACAUUAUACAUGACAUACUAUAUAUAUAUAUAUAUGUAUAUACGUAUGUAUAUAUAUAUACUGAAAUCUUAAAUGCAUCAGCAAAACAAAACUUGAAUUUCGUGAUUAUAUAUUUAAUUUCUGAAAGUUAUUAAUGAACUACUUCUAUGACGUAAUAAUUGUAUAGUUACUUUUUUAUUGUAUAGAUUAAUUGAACAUAUUAUAUUGACGUGAUUGCCAUAUUUAUGUAUAGUAAAUAUGACUUAUCAAAAUGAAAGGAGUGUAACAUUAUAUGUAUACAUUAAAAAAGUAGUUGUUCUAACAAAAGAUAGAAAUGCGUUAAUAAUUAAUUGUUACUAUUUUCAUGUU